CUCGUCAUGGCCAGCAGGUUCCGGCAGGCGGCGUUGGCGUGGGGCGUCCUGCUGCUGCACAUCCUCUCCACAGGCAUAACUGGACAAAACAUGGUGAAAGUCUACGGGAUUCAAGCGGACAUUUGGGAACCUUCAAGGAAAGAUGUGUUCCUUCGCUUCAACUUGACAAGCAAGGGGGUUAAGAACACGCGCGAGCUCACGGUGUGUCUGCGGGCCAAGCCGACCUCCCUCACGCACAUAUCGCCCUUCAUCUCCUUCGCCGAGUCUGAGGACAACGUGGACGCCCUCGUAACAAUGCGAAUCGAGACGAAGACUGAGCUGUACGUGACGGACGUGGCCCAGGACGGCGUGCCGCCGCUGUACGACGACCUGGAGCUGCACCGCUGGGAACACCAGUGCCACGUGUUCUCCCGCGGCUACUAUCGCGCCUUCAUCAACGGCAAGGAGCGCACCAGCGGGCAGCUCACCAACAAGGACGUGCUGCUGCCCCUCAACGGCGUGUUCUGCCCGGGCAUGGAGCAGGACUCGGUGGGCGGCGGCUUCGACAGCUCGCAGGUGUUCCGCGGUUACAUGACGCAGAUGAACAUCUGGGACAGGCCGCUGCGGGAGGACGAGAUAAGGGACAUCGCCUCGUGCAGGGUGAACGGCGAGGGGAACGUGUUCUCGUCCGACGUGGACGUGAUGGAGGAGUUUGGCACCACCUCGGAGAUGGUGCCGAUGGCCGACCUGUGUCUGCCCAGCGAGACCUUCUUCAUCCUGCCGGAGAUGCAGACCGUCUACGAGGGAAUGAAAUCUUGCCACAGAAUGGGUUACGCCCUCUACGUGCCCGGCUCGGCCAGGGACAACGAGCGCCUUUACAACUCGUCGCUGCAGUUCCUGAAAGUGUGCACCAACCCGUACAACCUGUGGCUGGGCGCGAUGGACGAGAAGGAGGAGAACGUGUGGCGGCGGGUGGUGGACGGUCAGGAGUUGACGGAGCUCCAUUUCUCCCCCGGCCAGCCUGACGGAGCAAGGAUACAGAACUGUGCCUACAUGUCCAGCUUGACGGGGCAUUGGAGCGACGAGCAGUGUGACCUGAGGAUCCUGACGUGUGUCCCGUGCACGCCGCGCCAGCACCCGCCGCUCAGGCUCAGGGGCCUCUGCUUCAGAAUGGUGGCAGAGGCAGCCUUCGAGGUCCUGGGCUACAUGAACUCUCGCCCCUACUUCCACGGGUUUUACGGCUAUAUGAUCUAUAUGUCAGGCCCGUCGACGUGGUCUCUCUUCAACACCAACUCCAACACGACGCUGGCCACGGUGACCUUCAGCUCAGUCAGCGACUAUCCAAUAGGCCGGAAGCGAUGGUUGAUUCAGAGCACCCUGUGUGAUCGGCCCAAGCAAACCACCAUAGACCUCAGUCUGUCCUAUUGCCUUGACAGCGAGUUCACGUGUGCCAACGGGGACUGCAUCAGCAAGGACCAGCGCUGCAACUCUCAGGACGACUGUGUCGACUUAUCCGACGAGAACGACUGUUUCCUUGUGCAGCUGCCCAGCAGUUACCGCGUCGGGAGGCCGCCCGAGUCCAUGGAGGAGGGAAAGCCCGCCAAGCUGUCCUCGGCGGUGCAGAUCUUGAGGUUCCACGACAUCAGCGACGUGCGGCGCAGCAUCAGCCUCGAGUUCAUGCUGAUCAUCAGGUGGAAGGACGCGAGGCUCAAGUUCUUCAACCUGAAGGAAACGCGGGAGUGGAACAGGAUGGCCCAGAGCGAGAUGGACUCUAUCUGGAGGCCGCAGCUCGAGUUUCCCAGCGCGCAGGACGGCAACAGCAGACUCCUGAAGGAGGAACUCUUCCUCAGCAGAGGCGGCGACCAGCUGCCAACUGAGUUCAACGACAUCAAGAUGGAGGCGGUGUACUCAGGGGAAUCCACGACCCUCAUACAGGAACAGCACUACAGCGGUACCUUCGCCUGCCACUUCGACGUGUUCUACUACCCGUUCGACAAGCAGCAGUGUUCGGUGCUGGUCAAGUUGGCGUCCGUCAGGCAGGAGAUCGUGUCGUUCACGCAGGAGGAGGCCAAGGCGGAGUACAGGGGCCUGGAGGAGCUGUCUCUCUACGUGGUGACGAACUUCAAGUCGACGGUGACCUACGUGGGCGACAACAUAACCCGAUACAGUAUACUCUCGAUCGACUUCGACUUGACUCGCCGCUGGACAGUGAUCAUGAUGAACCUCUACUUCCCGACUAACAUGCUGCUGGCCACCGGGUACGCCACGCUCUUCCUCAGCGUCCAGGAUCAAGGGGACCGCCUCACCCUCAGCCUCACCACCCUGCUCGUGCUGUACACCCUCUUCAACAACAGCUCCAGCUCCCUGCCCGUCACCGCCUACGUCAAGAUGGUCGACAUGUGGUUCCUCUACUGCAUCUCGCUCCUCUUCCUCAUCAUCGUCUGUCACACCCUCGCCGGCUACAACGUGCACCAGGUCACGCCGAUGGGACCAAUGGGGCAGGCGAACGUCAAGAGUAAUUUCGUCCCGCGGAAGUCGCCGGAGAAGGUGCUAAUCGUGACCCGUACGUACGUCGUGCCGCCUCUAGUUGUGGUGUUCAAUGCCGCCUACUGGGCCUCCCUCUCGCCGGCCAUGUCCAAAUGAAGGCCCGGAGUUGCGUUUCCAUUCUUGCCUCUUCGCCCCUCUUCGCCACUCUUCGCCACUCUGUUCCUCCUCAUCGGUUUCUCCCUCUUCUUUCUUCACCCCUUUUCCAGUUCCCUUCUUCCCCCCCCCCGCUUCCUUUU